GCUAAUAGGAGGAGGAAAGUGCAAAAAUCGGCACUUCAAAAACUUCGACGGUUCUUUACAACUAGUUUCAUUACUAUCGCUAGCAAAUCAAAAAUGCCGAAGAGGUAUCAGAAGGUUCUGGGAAAAAUCAAUAGGCUUGAUUUACAGAAUGAGAGAGAUCAGAGUGUUCCUCUUCUUAAGAAAUCAGAAUCAGAAGAAUGUGUUCAAUUAUGGUAGAAUGAAUGACAAUGCAGAUUAAUUCAAUGCCAUCCACUUCCCGUAUCAAUCUUAAACCCAGAGCACUGUGGGCUAAAAAAAUAUACACUCACAUCAAUGACACGAGGCUUACAUUUCCCACAAAUUUCUUUUCACACAGAACAUUUUUCAAUAUGUAUGCCAAGUGUGGGAGCUUAGUGGACGCUCGCAAUGCUUUUGAACACAGGACUGACACAGACGUCUUUUCAUGGAAUAUGAUGAUUGGACAAUACAGAAGGCAUGGUUUUCCUCAACAGGCAUUGACAUUGUUUCAGCAAAUGCAACUAUCAGAGGCUCGACCAGAUCAGUUCACUUUCUCGACUAUUCUUCCCGCGUGCGCCGACACGAAAUCUCUUAAAAAUGGCAGGCAGAUCCAUGGAAAAGUCAUUAGAUGUGGAUUUCAAUCCGACCUCAUUGUGAUGAAUACUCUGAUGAACAUGUAUGCAAAAUGCCAGAGCAUACUGAAGGCACGUCAAUUGUUUGACAGAAUGCCUAAUGCAAAUGUGAUCUCGUGGAAUGCGAUGAUUACAGGGUAUGCACAUAAUGGUGCUCUUGAUGAAGCUUUGAGCCUUUUUGAUAAAAUGCCUCAAAAAAAUGUGGUCUCAUGGACGACAAUCAUAACAGGGCAUGCAAAAUACGGGUUUGUUGAAGAAGGGUUAGACUUUUUUAAGCAAAUGCAAUUAGCAGGUGUAAAACCUAACCCGGCGACUUUUAUAAGCAUCCUUCCAGCGUGUGCCGAAAAAGGAGAUGUGGAAAAGGGUAUGGAAAUCCAUAAAACAAUAAUUGAAAGUGGACUUUUGUCAAAUGUUUUAGUUUCAAAUUCCCUUGUAGACAUGUAUGCAAAAUGUCGAAGCAUCCAGAAGGCGCGCAAAUUGUUUGAAAAAAUGCCUCGAGAAAAUGUGGUCUCAUGGAAUGCUAUGAUAGUGGGAUAUACUCGAAAUGGGCUUGUUGAUGAAUCCCUAGAAAUUCUUAAGCAAAUGCAAUUGGCAGGUGUCAAGUCAGACUCAUCAACCUUCGUCAGCAUCCUUCCAGCAUGUGCCAAAAUGGAAGCAUUAGAACUUGGUAUGGAUAUCCAUUCAAAAAUAAUUAAGAGCGGAUUAUUGUCUGAUGUCCUAGUUGUGACUGCCCUGAUAGACAUGUAUUCAAAAUGCGGAAGCAUACAGAAAUCGCGUGAAUUAUUUGACAAAAUGCCUCUUCGAAAUGUGGUUUCAUGGACUGCAGUAAUUACUGGAUACGUGCAAAAGGGGUAUGUUGAAGAAGCCUUGGAGAUAUUCAAGCAGAUGCAGUUUGCAGGUGUAGAUCCAAACUCAAUAACAUUUUCCAGCAUCCUCUCAGCAUGUGCCAAAAUAGGAGCUUUGGAACAGGGUAUGGAAAUCCAUCAAAAAAUAAUCGACACAGGAUGUUUGUCAGAAGCGGUAGCCACGACUUCACUGAUAGACAUGUAUGCAAAAUGUGGAUAUAUACAGAAAGCAUGUGAACUGUUUGAGAAAAUGAAAAAUGCAAACCUUGUCUCGUGGAAUGCGAUACUUACUGGAUAUGCUCAAAAUGGAGAUCUUGAUGGGGUUUUAAGGAUUUUUGAAGAAAUGCCUCAACGAAAUGUGGUCUCAUGGAGUGCAAUCAUUGCUGGAUACACACAAAAUGAGCUUGUUGAAAAAGCGUUGGAGUUUUUUAAGCGAAUGCAAUUGGCGGGAAUAAAGCCUGACUCAGCAACCUUUGCCACUAUUCUUUCAGCAUGUGCCAAAAUGGGAGCUUUGGAGCAAGGCAUAGAGGUCCAUGAAAAACUAAUAGAAAACGGAUACAUGUCAGAUGUGGUCUUGAACGCCCUUCUGGACAUGUACGCAAAAUGUGGAAGCUUACAGAAAGCAAGGAAAGUGUUUGAUAAACUACCUCAACAAAAUGUGGUCUCAUGGAAUGCAAUGAUUGUAGGAUAUAAACAAAAUGGACUUGUUGAUAAAGCCUUGUGUAUUUUUAAGCAAAUGCAGUUGAUAGGUAUAAAUUCAGACUCAUUAACUUUCGCAAGCAUCCUCCCAGCUUGUGCCAAACUUGGAGCUCUAGAACAGGGUAUGGAAAUCCAUCAAAAGAUUAUCAAAAGUGGAUCUUUGUCAGAUGCAGUUGUGAAUGCUCUAAUAGAUAUGUAUGGCAAAUGUGGAAGUAUACAGAGGAGCCGUGUAUUGUUUGACAAAAUUGAUCAUUCCAAUGUUGUAUCAUGGAAUGCAAUGAUUGCAGGAUAUGCAAUGCAUGGCUAUAGCGAGGAUGCUCUUGAACUCUUCCAACUAAUGAAGCAUUCUGGAACUGAGCUCGAUCAUAUAACCUUUGUUUCUGUUUUAUUUGCAUGUAGCCAUGCAGGCCUAGUCGAUGAUGGCUGUAAAUACUUCAAUUGCAUUACUGACUCUAAUAUAAUCCCCAAUACAGAUCACUAUGUAUGCAUGGUUGACCUUCUUGGCCGUGCUGGCUAUCUUGAGCAAGCUCUAAAUUUUAUUAUCAAAUUGCCAAUAAAACCUGAUUUAGUUGUAUGGAUGUGUUUACUUGGUGCUUGUAGAUCACAUAAGAAUAUUGGGCUAGGAGAAUUUGUGGCGACACUCCUUUUUGAGUUUGAACCUAAAAGUGCUGCAUCUUAUGUUCUUCUGUCAAACAUUUAUGCAGAAGUGGGCAGGUGGAGUGAACUUCAAAAGUUAAGGAGAGUGAUGAAAGAUACAGGAAUUAUUAAGACACCUGGAUGUAGCUGGAUUGAAGUCCAUAAAAUGGUACAUGUUUUUUAUGUAGGAGACAGAUUACACCCACAAACACAGGAGAUCUAUGCAGAGUUGGAUAAAUUAUCUUGGAAGAUGAAGGCAGCAGGGUAUAUUCCCGAUACAAAACCUGUGCUGAAUGAUGUGGAGGAUGAAGAAAAGGAAUUACUCCUCUGCCACCAUAGUGAGAAGUUGGCUAUUGCAUUUGGGUUGUUAAACACAUCCCCUGGAACAACUAUUACAGUUGUCAAGAACCUUCGAGUAUGUGGUGACUGCCACACUGCGACUAAGUUUAUCUCGAAGAUUGUUGAAAGGAAAAUUGUUGUGAGAGAUGCAAAUCGUUUCCAUCAUUUUGAACAUGGGCAAUGUUCUUGUGGAGACUAUUGGUGAUGCUGAGUGAACCAAGUUAUUUACAGAGGCUUUCAUUAUAACAGGGUGCAUUGUGUGGAAAAUGGUUGUUUCGAGUGUGGAGGAUGAUUACGGUCUUCUAGAAAAAGAAACAGAAUCAGAAGCCUCAAUCUCUCAAAUUGUUUUGUAAUAAUCAGAGAGGUGCUGAGGAGAUAUCAACGAUGUCAGACAGUUCGGAUGAUUUUCGGUUUAACUUAGUCUCUGAGGCAAAAUGACGCAGAAAAAGACAGUUUACCUGAAUGAAGACUCAAUCAAAGCUACAGAAGUGGUCAAGCUGACUAAACCAUGAAGAUCUUUAAUUUAAAGUUUGGAAAUACGAGCAGCUCAAAAGACUGUAAUUCCCACGGAAGGGAGUCAAAGAAGCAAUUACUACUGUCUGUUGAGAGAUGCUUCUCAACAACUCAAAUCUUCCAGACGACUCUAAAAAAAAUCUCCCUCCCUUGUUCUGUAGGUUUCAUCGUUUAAAGAAACCUAUAUAAAUGUUCAUGGAGUUCCUGAAAUUUACAUUUUUGGAAGAAAUAAUUUGCUGAAAGAGCUCAAAUUGGAUGAGUUACCUGAAAUUUACAUUGAAAUGAAUUAAAUCAUAUGGACCAUCCUCCUUUCUAUAUUCAGUCGUUGAACGGUGAUUUGAUUUUGCAUAAUUACAUGCUAGAUAAAUAUGGUGUUUAUAUGUUUAAUGGAAACCCUGGGUUGACCAUCACUAGACCUUUGGUUAAUAUAUUCGAGAAGACUCAAGACCCCACAGGGUAUAAAGGUCAAGUCACGCAAUUAGAUUUUGUAACAGAAAAAUACGAAACAACGCCAUGAUAGCAGCAGUCAUUUGAAUAAAAUUUGGUAUGAUCUUAUGAAUAUGUUGGUCAGUCAUGCUUUCUGACAGCACUUUAAUUGGAUUUGGAGUGUGCAUCCAUUCCAAAGAAGGGAAGACAAAACAAUUAGGCUUUGCAGGGAUCUCAAAUUGAGAUCUAUUGGCAUAUCGUUCUACCUCUCAAAUUUGCAUUCAUUAAGAGUUCUGUAACAAGCAUUUACAUAUAGUUUUUAAAUUUUAAAUGUUUCUUUUCAUCUUAAGGCUUUAAAGUCUCCCAGAAGUCUUAGUCAAUAAACAAUUGAUUUUGAUCAUUCAAAGUCAAGAGCAGGUGUUUGUUAGGUUUGUGCUGUAUGCUUUGCAUGUACUUCAUGUUGGGUGUGUAUUACACAUGAAUUAGUGGCAUCAUUGUAAAACCCCACUUG